CAAACAUGUAUCUUCAUCUGCAAUGGUUUGCACUACACAUUAACCUCCGACUUAAGAUAGGAUGACCGAGGGCUGUGCACUCCGGUCAGCGGGGUUGUCAGAAGACUCUUCUAAGACUCUUGCCCAUUUACGGGGCGCGCUAGUGGAGUACCACAGCAGGAAGGGGUUCCAGUGCUUCAGAUGGACAGAAGAAUGCAAAAGCACAUUAACAAUUGUGCGUCGCUGCCUUUAUCUGCUGCAUGCGAGGAGGGCCUGCAGCGAUGCUGCUGACCAGACAUGCUCCCCAGCAAGCAGCUCAUCCCCGCAUCGCAAUGGCACUGCACGAUGCUACCAGCUGCUACCACAUCAGACCAGCACAGGGCGCAGCAGCAAUGCCAACACCGCGCGCAGUGGCAGCGGCGCUAACGUCGGCAGCAGCAAUGUCGGUCCCCUGCAUGCGACUGCGUCGGCACUGCUCGCUGCCGCCUGGGAUGAGCUGCGGCACAUGACUCUGCGCGAGAUCGCAGCUUUGGCUGCCAUCAUGGCGCCCCUGGACAACCCACACGGCGGGGAGCAAGAGGGGCUUGCCGCUGCUGCUGGCUCUGCCCGUGGCUGUACUGGCGCUGCUGCUGCUGCCGACCCUCUUGCUGCUGCUGCAUGCCACACGUGCAGCGCGGCGCUGCGGCACAUGCGGCGACAGCUGCCUGUGUGGCGGGCGCUGCAGCGGGCUAGCCGGGACCUGCUGGGCGACCUGUCGGAGUCGCAAGCCACCUCGCUGGCCCCCGCCCCGCAUGCCGCCCUGCGCUGCGCCCUGGAGCUGCUGCUGGCUGCCGGC